GCUGCGACACGCUAUUUGCGCAAAACUAUCGCACAUCUCUAUCGCAUAACAUAAUACACAAGUGUGCGAAUUCCAUAAAGUCGCGCACGGCCAGAUACGGGUCGGUUGACAACACCAACACCAACAACGACAACAUCAAUAACAGCCGCUCUGUGUUAAUAGAAGACGCCACGUUCUUUAUUGUAAACAAGUCUAGUCAACAAACAGACCAAAUGAGCGCACACUCCAGUUAAACCGAGCAGCACAAACCAAAUAAUCAAACACGACACACACACGCACACAUAUACACCCACCCACACACAUACACACACAGAUAGGUCAUCAAGAUGCGCGUGGUGGCAAUGGUGAGUGGCGGCAAGGAUAGCUGCUACAACAUGAUGCAGUGCGUCGCCGAGGGUCACGAAAUUGUCGCACUUGCCAAUUUGCAUCCCAAGGAUAGAGAUGAGCUGGACAGCUUUAUGUAUCAAACAGUUGGCCACAUGGGCAUUGAGAUACUCGCCAGUGCCAUGGGCCUGCCUCUGUAUAGGCGCGAGACCAAGGGCAAGAGCUUACAGACCGGCAAACAAUAUGUGCCCACCGAUGAUGAUGAAGUCGAGGAUCUCUACAGUUUGCUGGAAACGUGCAAGCACGAACUAAACGUGGAGGCGGUUGCUGUUGGUGCCAUAUUGUCGGAUUAUCAGCGGGUGCGCGUGGAGAACGUCUGCAGCCGGCUGAACCUGAUAUCCCUGGCCUAUUUGUGGAGGAGAGAUCAGACUGAACUGCUGCAGGAGAUGAUUGACUGUCAGGUGCACGCCAUUAUCAUCAAGGUGGCCGCAUUGGGCCUGGUGCCGGAUCGUCAUUUGGGCAAAUCGUUGCGUGAGAUGCAAACGCAUCUGCUGAAGAUGCGGGACAAGUAUGGAUUGAAUGUGUGCGGCGAGGGUGGGGAAUAUGAGACAUUCACGCUGGACUGUCCGCUGUUCAAGCAGCGCAUCGUGGUCGAGGAUAUACAGACGAUAAUUAGCAGCGCGGAUCCCAUCUGUCCCGUUGGCUACAUUAACUUUACGAAGCUAUCGCUGCAGCCGAAGGAGCCAAAUGCCGGCGGCGAUGUGGUCUUUGUGAAGAAGUCCCUCGACUACAUAACCGAUCUCAAUGAGUCCACGUACAGCGAUCUGAGCGAUCCGGACUUCAGUGAAACGGAACUGGAGCUGAUUGAGAAGGAGACGCGUCUGCGCGAAUCGCUCAGCCAGAACGAGCUAAUAUCGCGCAGCAAUUCGUUCGGCCGGCACUUGGCCACAUCAUCGUCCUCGCCGAUACCCAUUGUAACGAAGAGCGCCAGCGUCGACGAGCCCAUACCGACGGCCAGCUGCAUAACGGGCAGCGCUUCGCUGCUGCUGCUCGGGAAUGCGAAUGCGAAUGCGAAUCAGUCGACCUCCGCAUCCGCAUCCGCACUGGCAUUGGGCGGGACAGGCGGCGUAGGCGGCGCAUUGCAGGCGAACAGCUGCUGCGGCUUCGGCAGCUCCCAUCCAUUGGGUAGCAGCACGGCCGCCGUGUGCGGCUCGCUGUCGCUGGCCAUCUCCUCGCUUGGGCUGAGCACCACGCAGUGCAACAAUAAUGCGGCGACGACGACGAUGCCAACGGGUCUCACCCAGCCGCCCAGUCCCAUGAAAUACGAGCGGGAAUUCCGUCCUCUGGCCAACCAGGCCAGGGCGGCCAUCAAUGCCAAGGGCUGGAUGUGGCUGGCGGGCAUACAGGGAUGCGCCGCCAGCAUGGAGCUGGGCAUGCAACAGGCGUUGACUACGCUGCGCGACCUGUGCACCAGCAAUGGCUACGAGCUGCAGGACCUGUGCUUCACCACGCUCUACGUGAGAUCCAUAGCCGAGUAUCCCGCUCUCAACAGCAUCUAUUUGCAAUCGUUUGGCUUUCACAAUCCACCGACGCGAGUCUGUGUCGAGUGCCCGCUGCCGGAUGACUGUCAUGUGGUCAUGGAGGCCAUUGCGCACCGAGCGCCUGCCAACCACAGUGGCGACGAUAGCGAGGAGACGCAGCUGCUGCUCAAUGGCCGUCGCAAUACGAUGCAUGUCCAGGGCAUAUCCCAUUGGGCGCCAGCCAACAUCGGACCCUACAGUCAGUCCACACGAAUUGGCGACAUCACCUACAUCUCGGGCCAAAUUGCCCUCGUCCCGGGCAGCAUGACAAUCAUUGAGGGCGGCAUUCGGCCCCAAUGCAAACUCGCAUUGCGUCACAUCAGUCGCAUUGCCAAGGCAAUGAAUGCCCAGGGCCAGCUGCGCGAUGUCGUCCAUGGCAUUUGCUUUGUCACCCAUCCCGCCUUCAUUGGCGAGGCGCGACGGCAGUGGGAGCGACGCACCACGAAUGCCAUCAUGGAUUAUAUUGUGCUGCCGGCGCUGCCUCGCGAGGCCCUCGUCGAGUGGCAGGUGUGGGCGCACACCCACAAUGAUCGUUUCGACUACGAGGAGACUGGCUGUUCGGUUAGCGAUUAUACCAUCUCGAUACGACGUCGCUGGAACUACGAGAACAAUUGUGCGGCCAUUGUUUGCUAUGUGGCAACUGGCUUGGCCUCAUCCACCACACAGUUGACGCAGCUGAGCGACGACGUGCUGGGCAACCAUUACCGGCUGGCCCAGAGCCUCAGCGCUGAGAAUCUGGACGAGAUACUCACCUAUAUUGUGAAUCGGCUGCUGAAGGACUAUCCAUUGGCCAAGCGGCAACAGCAGCAGCAGCAGCAGCAACAACAUCUACUAUUGCAGCGUGAAGCUGAGGAGCAGACGGCGCUUAACACUGCCACGCCCACCGAGCCAAUGUCACUGCCACUGCAGCCCGGCGGCGCUGGGGAUCAACAGCAGGGGGCAACAGCAGCUGCGUCCACAUUGCCAGCGAUACACCUGAAGCUGUUCUAUCAGGUGAACGCCGCCCCGCCCACGGAUCUGCUGUUGCAGGCGUUGCACGACUUCCGCCACAAAUGCCAAGAAAUGGCAGCGAUAGUGUAUACGGUACUUCCGGCGUGCAGCCUACACAAUUUCAGUACGUUCCUGUCCAUAUGCGGAGUGCGGCACGAGUGAAGAGAGCGUAAAGCGAAGAGCGAUGCGAGAGUGGGAGAGAGAUAGAGAUAGAGAAAGUUUAAAGCAAGCACGCACACACAGACACACAUUCACACACACAGACACACACACACACACACACACACACAAAACACAAAGAACGCUAAACUAAGAAUGCAGGCGUAGGCACGCCCAUUUGUUGAUAUUGUUAACUAGCCUGUAUAUCUUAUAAACUAUAUAUAUAUAUAUAUUUACUACAACUAUUUACAAAUGCAAAGCCAGUCAAUGAGAUUCUAGUUAUUUACCAAUUGUUUCGGACCAAUAACUAUCACAACAACAACAACAAGAACAAAAACAACUGCAACUAUUUUAUGGCAACUCAAAGCGUUUCAAAACAUUUAAAGAAGAAAACACCAAAUCUUAAACUUAAACAAUUUACCACGAGCCACUAAAAGGAAAAGCAAAAACGAAACUCGAAUUAAAAUUUAAAGUUUGAAACAAGAAGAAGAAAAAAAAACAUAAUUUUUAUGCACUGAACUUAAGUCCAAAAUGUAAAACUGUAAAACAGUUAGCUAUUAACUUUUAUCACUAACUGUACUCGUCUAACUGUUUUUUCGAUGUGCUUCUCAUGAUUUAUUUUUUGUCUCUCUCUCUUUCCCUUUAAUUUAACUCAACUUUUUGAAUGAGAUUAGCUCAGUUUUUUGACCAAAACUUAGCUUUUACAAAGAAAAAGAAGAAAAAAUGAAUAUGAAGAGAGAAAAAGAGAAACAGCAACAAUUGUAAUUUAAAUAUUUAUAUAGCGAAAUGCGCUAAUUUGUUUUUUUACUUUUAAUUAUUUUUGAAAAUUUAUUAAUAAUACCCCUAUGCCAUAUAAGAUUGUUUUUUAACUCAUUUUUUAAUGCAAACUAUAAAUAACGUCACAAUUUUGCCUAGUUGCCUUUAUAUGUAUAUAUAUGUAUCUAUGUAUGUAUAAAGAUAUCGCAAGCUAAAUAGUCCAUUGAGUCUGGCUUAGAUUCGGCCAGAUGAUAAACCCAAUCUCAGAAGCUUAGCGAACUUUUAUCUCCCCCAGGCCCCUCCACCCUUCGUCCCAUUUAGUCAGUGUAAACAAAUUGUUAAUAUUCAAUUCAAUUGACAUAUAGCACGAAAAGUUGAAGUCAACUUUUGGUAAAACUCAAUUGUAUGUUGGACGAUUAUUAAAUGCUAUUAUUGUUAUGAAAAAAAAAUUAUAAAAAGAAAAAAAAAAAACAAAAACAAAAAAACAAAACCAAAACAAAAUGGAAAAAAAGAUAUUGAUAUCGAUUGUGUGUCAUUAAACAUUCAUAAAACUAAAUCAAACAAAA